AAUUUUCUUAAACAUUUAUUCAUUUUUGGGGUUUAUAUUAUUAAAGAAAUACCAGAAAUGUCUGCCCAAGAUCAAAGAACAGAUAUUAUACAGGAAUACAUACCAGAAUUGGUGAGACAAUUGACUGGUUUUGCGGAUGAUGAUAUCAAUAUGGAACAUUGCGUCCACUUUGGCUGGAAUAUUAUACGCAAUCAUCGUAAUUUGAGUACCAAUAGUCAUGAUGUACGGCGCAAAAUUGAGGGUAUACAAGAACGUUUUCGUGCCGAAAACUGUCCGGAAUAUGCCGACUACUUGGGUAGACUGUGUGAUGAGGUGGUAAAGCAUCCCUUGUGUGUAGAUCAUUAUGAGGUUGAUGUUCACUGGUCUUUAUUAGAUUUUUUAUUUACUUUGGCCUAUAAUCCAACGGGAGCACUGAGAAAGAAUAAAAAUAAAAUUGUCAUACAACCGGCCAUAAGUGAAGAAGUUGAUGAUCAGGACGAGGAAAAAGAAUAUUGGAAAAAUGUCCUUAAAGAAGAUUUUAUACCGAUGCCAGCAAGUGUUAGCAGUGAUUCAGAAUUGAGUGAUUGGUCAGAUCACGAAGAAAGUCCAAGUCCCACCAAUAAUGAAACAACCGUGGCAGAAAAUCUCACCUUAGAAGAUGUGAAAAGUUUAACAUCAUUCAAUCAAUCAAUGUUAGGCGAACUUAAACCACCCGAAAAAUCUAUACCAUUUCGAAAAUUUGAUGCCACCAAUGCCAAGGAAAAACUACAAGACCUCAUACAGCAUUCUUGGUGGAAAACAAAAAAUUAUGAGCACCGUAAUGCCAUCAUAGAGAGCAAACACAAAGAUGCUAAUUUUGCCCAAAGCUACAGUAGAUACUUAAGUGAAACCUCCAAUAAUUUGAUACGUUUUUGCGUACCUAUCACCAUAAGCGAACAGCAUGUAAUGCGUGAAUUGCUGUGGAUGUUUCAUAUGCCACAGAAAUGUAGUAUGUUCACCAUUAAUGAAGACAAUCAAUUGAAAUUAAAAGAUAAUGUAACCAUACCUUCAUGUAGCGUGAGCUCUUUUGAGUCUUAUAUAGAAGAAAAUUUCCUACCCUUCAUAAAUAUGAUGCAAAUUUUGAGAAAUUUUCACAAAUCAAUAUACAGCUGUGAAGAUCGUGUGCCUCCUCGUACUUUGGAAUGUUAUGCUGCCAAUUUAAAUUUACAUUUAUCCCCAAUUUGGCAAGAUUUAUUGGCUUAUGAAAAGCGUUUGUUAAAUCCACAAGACUUUCAUAUUAAUACUUUAAUUAAUAUGCGCUUGUCACUAAAAGAUGCUUUGCGACAUUUAGAAUCAUUGUUUGAAUGUCAUCAGCAGGUCGUCUUAAAUUGGCGACAAUAUCCCUCCCACAUAUCAGCUGCAUUUCUUUUGGCCAGUUUAAUGCAUUGUUAUAAGGUGGAAUGUAAUGUCGAAAAAUCAAAUUUAUUUAUAUCCUUGCUGCUGGCUUCCAUAAAAGUAUUUUGUGAAAUAAUUGAUACCUGGUGGACAGAAGGAAGAUUGGAUGAUUGGCAACAAGAAUAUAUAGUCGAAAGAGUCAGCAAUGUCGACCACACAGUAUGCAUGCGUGAAUAUUGCAAAAAUAAACGUAAAGCCUUCUUUGUACCAAACCAUGUUAGCAAAAUGAUCGAAGAAAAUAGUCUAUUUCAUCUAAUGCAGGAACAUUCUCUAGAGGCUGGUCGUACUCUUAACCUGCUUUAUGAAAUUAAUCGCAUUGGUGACUUGCGUUACAAGUGCGAUGCUAUGCAGGGUAAAUUGUAUAACGUUUUCAUAGACGAUUUUCUCAAGCAGGUCAAAACUGUACAAAUCGAAGUAGAAAAAGAAUCUGGAGCCAGUGGAACCACCGAUGAAGUGUCCGAAGAUAGUGGUUACUGCAAUGAAGCUGCCACAAAUACUCCUAAGCCCAAAGAGGAGAGUAUCCUGAAUAAUUUAACCACCCAAGAUGAAUUUCUACUAAUGGCCUUUGCCUUAAAUACCAGUCAGGAAGAUUUAACCGCCAACAGUUGUUUUACAGAAAAUGACCAGCCGGAACAUUGUGAGGCCAUGGCUGGUGAAACUUUAAAUGCUCGUACCAUAUUCGAUUUAUUGCAAAAAUCUAAAAAUUAUUUGCCAUUAGAGGAAGCUGUUAUAAAUUCUUUAAACAGAAUAUUGAAAAUACGCAUUGCCUUUGCGAAUUGUUUUGUUAUGCGUCUGUAUCGUGAUGAAUUUAUGAUAUUGAAGCAUUUACAAAAUAUACGAAAAGUUCUACUAAUGGAGGCCAGUGAUUUGAUGCAUCAAUUUUAUAGUAAAUUAUUUCAACAGAUUGAAUCUGGUGAAACUUGGGCCAAUCCUUCUCUCCUCACCAUGCAACUUGACGAUAUUAUUUGUGCCAAAUAUCCCGAAAUGUCUUCUCUUUUUCGUUUGGAAAUCAAUUCAGUAUUUAGAUGUCAAACCACCAAAGUUGUCGAGGCUGUUGAAGAAAUUGUUGUAACAUACAACUUAAGUCGAGAAUUGGCCCACAUAAUCAGUGCUGAGGAUAUACAAUCGUACAAUAAAGUUUUUUGUUUCCUGCUAAAGGUCAAAUGGGGCAUUACCACUCUCGAAAAGCUGCAAUUUGCUCGCAGUCACAAGCGGCGCAUACCGUAUGCCAAAUUUGAAAUGAUUGACUUGAUAAUGCGCCGUUUGGAGCAGUUACGUUUUUGGAUGAUGUAUGCCAUACAGAGUAUACAUUUUCAUCUAAUGACACAUGUGCUGCAAUCAAUGGGCGAACAGCUGAAUAUUAAAAUUGAUAAUUGUGUGAAUCUCAAAGAAAUGGAAAUGGUUCAUAAAUCUUAUUUGAGUACGGUGUGUGAACAUUGCUUUUUGACCGAUAGCGUAUUAACAAUUAAGACGGGAGUGGAACAACUAUUAAGUUUGGUUUCGAUUUUACGUGGUGAAUGGUUGAGUUGUGUUAAAUACAUUGAAAGCAAUAGUCCUCUGGCCAUUGAUUUAGAUGACACUUCUGAUGAGUAUGCUGAUACAGAUUUUGUCACCAAUUCUCAAAUAGAUGCCAUGGAAUUUACGUACAUUUGUUGCCAUCAAUAUUUGGCCAAUAUAUUGAAUGAUCAGGUUUAUUUGCAAAAGAGAACAUUUUUAUCUGGUUUAAGAGCGGCCUUUAAUACCAGUUUGCCACAUUAGUGUCUUAUCUAAUAAUUCCUUUUGGUUUGAAAGAGUUUCCGUUGUUGUGUUGAUUAUUAAAAGUAUUAAGAAAUUUGAAUACAGGAA